GAGCGCGAGCAGCUGCGCCAGGCCGCCUUCGACGAGAAGCUGAAGAAGGAGCGGGAGAAGCUGGAGAAGGAGCAGGAGCGCCUCAAGGCCGCCGAGCUGAAGGCGAAGCAGAAGGAGGAGGAGAAACGCGAGCGGGAGGCGGAACGGGAGCGCAAGGCCGCCGAGGCGGCGGAGAAAAAGGCCCAGGCGGAACGGGAGCGCCUGGAGAAGCUUCAACAGAAGGAGGAGGAACGGGAGCGGAAGGAGCGGGAGAAGGCCGCCAAGGAGCAGGAGCGCCUUCAGCAGCGAGAGGCCAAGGAGCUGGAGAAGGCCCGUCGGCUGGAGGAGAAGAAAGCCGAAGAGGAGCGCAAGAAGGCGGAGGAGGAGAAGAAGCUCGACAAGAGUCGCGACCUGAUGCGCAACUUCUUCUUCCACCAGCGAAAGUCCAAGCUGUCUGAGCUGAACGGUGAUCCCAAUUCGCCCUCCGCCUCAAAUGAUGGCCNCCUGAUGCGCAACUUCUUCCUCCACCAGCGAAAGUCCAAGUCUGAGCUGAACGGUGAUCCCAAUUCGCCCUCCGCCUCAAAUGAUGGCCUCGUCGGCUCGCCGGCGAAAGACGGCCUAAAACAGCAGCAAAAAGACGUUCCCGAAGAGGAGCUCUACCUGAAGCAGCUCCUCUCGGGGAAGAUCACCCCGUGGUCGGCUCCAGAGCGAAAGCUUCAGCAGCAGCAGCAGCAGCAAGCUCAGCAAGUGGACGAUGAUUGCGUGCUCAUCGACGAAACCAAGGACGAAGGAAUCAGCGUCUUUCUGCAGUUCUUCGAGAACGUCCGCCCCGCCUAUUUUGGCCGCCGCCAUCAGCCCCUGCCGCUGGUCACUCUGAGCGGGCGAACGCCCUUCAAGAAGGAACCGUACCUCGACUACGAGGUGGACAGCGACGAGGAGUGGGAGGAGGAGGGCCCCGGGGAGAGCCUCAGCGGCUCGGAGUCGGAGGUUGAAAAGGCCGACAAGGACGACUACGAGAUUGACGACAAGUUCUUCGUGCCGCACGGCUACCUGAGCGAGGAUGAGGCGGCGCUGGGCGGUGAUGAUGAUGACUCGGAGCUGGACCGAGAUCAUCCCCAUCAUCACAAUCACUCGGGGCCGCUGAUGAAGGAGCAGGCCCUGUUGGCGGAGCGCAGCGCCAA